UAAUUGAUUUUGUUGUUGUUAUUUUGUAUUACCAAUAUUGUUAGAUAUUCUUUUUUUUUGAAUUCCUACGUUAUUUGGAUAAGAGAGUAGUAAACUCUAUGAGAGUGACAAUAAUUGAGAGCAAUCGUCCGUCGUCAUCAAUUUUGUAUUAGCCAAAUGACGAUAAUCAACCGAUCAUUCGUUCAAUCAGCCACAACCACAAUCAUCAUAAAGCAAAAAAGAGAGAAAAUGAAAAAAAGAGAUUGACAAAUUUGUGCUAAAAAUACCAUCAAAUUGUGAAUUUUUGUAUAUUUCAUCAAUUUCUCCGCAGCGCAACUAGUUUUUUGCAAAGACAACGUCGACGAUCAUCGACGAUCAACGACGACGAUGAAUGAGGAAGAAAAAAAAGCCUCAAACUAAAACUAAAGACCAUUGCCACCGUAGCCACUUGCCACAAUCUAUACUACCUACUGUUACUAUUUGCUGCUCUUGGACAGCAGAGUAUAUACGAUUUUCGUUGUUGUUCUUCUUCUUGUGUUUCGUUUUUAUUCAUUAAUCGUCAUAGUUGUUACUCCUUUUUGUAAACAAAAUAAAACAAAAAAAAAAAAAAAACAACAAAGUAAAAUUUCACUUUUAACAAUUUUUACAAUUCAGACGAGUUAGCAAGCAAAAGUUGGCGCGGUGUCGUGUGCCCUCAUACAUAAUAAUUUAUUAUUAAUAAUUUGCAAUAUGUUCUUCUUCCCUUUGUUUUGUUGUUGUUGUUUUAGUGGAAAUUAGUUGUGUUUUCUAAUAUAUUAUAAUUACUGACUGAUCGUGCCUCUCUGCUCGUUAUGCAAUGCCUGAAUUUGAUGAAUCUUUUCUUUAUCAAUGUGCCCAGAUAGAGAAGCACAAGCCAUAUUCCUAUUCACUAGAUAGGCGAUAUUUAAAAAAGAAAUCCAAGCCAAGGGUACUUAUCAAGAAUGUCAUUCGAUAUAACAACGUCAGCUCACCAUCAACGCCGAAUUCAUCGACGAUUGGUUCAUCAGGUCACAAGAAUAGUCUCAAGGGUACUAAAUUAGCGCGCCGAGCAAAAUCUUUCAAGGACGAUCUGUUUGAAAAGAUUUCACUAAUGCGAACGCCCACAAACACGUUGGGAAGACCACAUUCCCCUCAUAGUCCGCGAAGCAAACACUCUAAGCCACCAUCAAAUGAAGAUGGAGUACGUUCGUUACAAUCAUUGGAAACGCACGUUAAGGAUAUACAAAAUGCUUUGAAACACUUUCGAGAUGUAAUCUCAAAGAAAAAAUUAGAAGUGUUGCCAGGCAAUGGAACUGUGAUUCUAGAAAUGAUUGCUAGCAUGUAUGCAGUAAUUCAAACAUACACUCUUAAAGAGAACAGUAAUGUCAUGUUAUCAGCUACACGGCAAAUGUAUUUGUCCUUGGGAAAACUGAUCAAACUUUGUGACGAAGUAUUGCUGUGUGAAGAAGCAAAUGAAUGUACAUCAUUGAGUAAAGAAAAUGUAAAAGAAGUCGUCGACCUAGUUGAUGAAGCUGUAAAGAAUUUAGUUGGCUUGGCUCAACAAAAACUUAAAGAAAAAGAAGAAAUCAAUUUAAAAUAUGCAGCAACAUCAUCUGAAAAUAAUAAAAUCUCACCAAAUAAUUUAAUGCGACCACCAGUUGAAAUGGUUGGUCAACGGACAUCAUUACCCGAUAUACCAUUAACUCCCAAAGAUCGUGAUAUAUUAGAAAAGGCAAAUUCAAAUCCUAUACGUGCAACACACAGCACUGAGAGCAUUUUGAGAGAUUCUAGUCCACCCCCAAAACCUCCACUUCCAAAUAGAUCCAUUGGAGCUCCACCCUUACCCCCUAAACGACGCAGUCAACAAAGUCAAAACAAUGCAAGCAGUAUUAAUUCUGAACUAGACUUUAGUUCAGAUUUUUCUAUGCUUAAUUAUGGAGUGGAUCAUCUUUCAGUACGCUCUCGAUCGCCUGAUGAAAAUUCUAGUCAAUGCUCGCUGGAUUCAGCGUUAAAUCAUUCACGUGAGGAAGAAGAACUUAAAGCUCUAACAAUGGAAACAUCUUCUGAAGAUCAAUUUCUUGAAGAUGAUCCAGAUAAGCUACUUGCAUUAAGAUUCGUUUCAAUGCAAUCUAUUCGCACAAGUACCCAAAGUGUAUCGAAGCGGGCUUCAGAAUAUAGUGUACAACACAAAUCCGCUGGUGCGUUUACAAAUGAAAAUAGUCAAGAACAUUUUUGUUCUUCACAUCAACACCAACAAAAAGCUGUUAGUCGUUUUUCCAGUACUUCUUUGUUAGUAACAAAUAAUACAACAACAAAGUUUUCUGAACUCGAAACACAAAAUGGAGUAAUGAGUUUUUCCUCCUCGAAAACCACCAACAGCAGCGGAACAACAACCAAUGAUGAUAAUCAAUCAAUAAGUAAUAGCAGUGCUAGUCCGGAUCACUUUGAAAGUUCGAUGAAAUCGGAGAAAAUCAUCAAUGUUCAGCAGAGUAUGUCAUCGUUAACAAAAACCAAUAGUUUGGAUAUUUCAUCAUCGGAUGAUAUGUUUUCGACUUCUUUGUCUGAUUUGGUUCCUCCGGCUUUGCCGCCGAAAACUUCGAAAAUUAAAGAAAAACAUUUUUCGCAAUAUGACAAUCUCGAUGAGAUCGAUGAUAUUCACAGUAUGUUUGGUGCUCAACACAACGAUCUCCCUGAACUGCGAUCAAAUCCACUUUAUUUCCAAUGGCAAAGCAAGCAUCAGAGUUUAAUAGACCCGCGUCAAUGUCACAAUUUCUCCAUGGAGCCGAGUCUCGAGGAGCCACCGCCUUUGCCAGUGAAGAAAAAGCACAUGUUUCAAAGUGUGGCCUUCUCGGUUUUGGCCUAUAUGGAGAUUUGUUCGGCUACAUCGCGUUCGGUCGAACAGCACCGCCAUUCGGUGCACACGUACAAUUUAAAUCGAAACAUAUCACAUAGCCAGACUAUGAAUUUAUCUCCUGUAAGUAAGAACCUAACAUCACAGUCAUCGCUGACAUCAUCACCAAUCAAUGAAAUACCUCCAGCACUGCCGCCAAAGAAUAAACAACGGAUUCGAUCGACUCCUACUCCAACAAUAAUCACAACACCACCACAAAGCCCUAAGCCAGCAAUGGCUUUGGAAAUAUUCCAAGAAGGAGGUCGCAUCGGUCGAGUUAUAACUUCUGCAGCGGGUACAGAAAUGUCAACGGUAAAUGAAGAAGGUUUAGAUACGUGUGAUGAUGAGUUUCAUAGUGCGAGUAGUGAUAUACAACCUAUGUCAAAUGAGAAUGCUAUGAAUGAGCAGCAAAAUGAGAAUGAUAAAGAUUCACCUGUUUCAAAUCUAGAUAAUACAAAUGAAGAAGAUGAAGGAAUUGAUGUUAUUUUACGAAAUAAUUCAUACAAUAAAAAGGACUGCUCACCAACAAAUUCUGUAAACAACGAAGGUUUACCUAAUCUUAUAGAAGAACUUGAUAUUACAGCAUAUAUGAAUUUCAAAAAAGACAUGGAAGAUGGUCCUGAAGUUAAGGGUGGCUAUUUGGAUGCUCUUAUUGUGCAUGCUUGUAGAGUUCAGAAAAACUCUGAUAAUGCAUUUUGUGAGGCAUUUAUAACAACAUUUAGAACCUUUAUUCAACCACUGGAACUGAUUGAGAAGCUUACACGUCGUUAUUCCGUACUCUUUUGUCAAAUGAAUAAUGACCAAAAGCAAAGGGCUGCCAAAGAGACGUUUUCUCUUUUAGUUCGUGUUGUAAAUGACCUAACGUCAACGGAUCUUGUUAAACAACUAUUAGAACUUUUGAUUGAGUUUGUUAACCAACUUGUGUGCUCUGGUGAAUUAUAUAUGGCUAAAUUACUCCGAAAUAAAGUUGUUGAAAAGGUCAUGACAUACAGAGAGCAAAAACUGUAUAGUAGUUAUUUAAGUGAACAACGAUGCAUCACAGCCAAUCAGCCAACAUUGCUGGAUUUGAAAUCAUUAGAAAUAGCCGAACAAAUGACUUUGCUUGAUGCUGAAUUAUUUCAAAAAAUUGAAAUACCCGAAGUAUUAUUGUUUGCCAAAGAGCAAUGUGAAGAGAAGACACCAAAUUUAAAUAAAUUCACGGAGCAUUUCAAUAAAAUGUCCUAUUGGGCGCGUUCUAAAAUUCUUAUGCAGCCAGAUGCCAAAGAUAGAGAAAAGCAUGUGAUUAAAUUUAUAAAAAUUAUGAAACAUCUGCGCAAGAUGAAUAAUUAUAAUUCGUAUUUGGCGUUGUUGUCGGCUUUGGAUUCGGCGCCUAUAAGAAGACUCGAGUGGCAUAAAACAAUAACCGAAGGACUUAAAGAGUACUGUGCUCUAAUUGAUUCUAGUUCUAGUUUUAGAAUCUAUCGCCAAGCAUUAGCCGAAACUAAUCCACCUUGUAUCCCAUAUAUUGGACUUGUAUUACAAGAUUUGACAUUCGUGCAUGUAGGAAACCCAGAUUAUAUCAAAGAUGGAGUAAUUAAUUUUUCCAAACGUUGGCAACAACAUAAUAUUAUAGUCAAUAUGAAACGUUUUAAAAAAUGCGCGUAUCCAUUUAAACGUAACGAACGAAUAAUUCGGUUUUUUGAAAAUUUCGAAGAUUUCCUUGGUGAAGAACAAAUGUGGCAAAUUUCAGAAAAUAUUAAACCUCGCGGUAGAAGAGCACCACAAAAUUAAAAAAAAAGUGAAAACAAAAAAAAAAAUAUUCAAAACACACACAAAAUCAAAUCAUCAAUCUUAUCUUAUAUAGAUUUUUUUGUUUUUGGUUUUUGUUUUGUUUUUGAGAUAAGCAACUAAUUUACACAACGAAAAAAAAGAUGUGGUGAGGCAGCUAUUUUGCUGCAUUUGAGACCAAAGCCAACCGAACAAACAUAAACGAAUUAUACCAAAAUUUUAAACUAAACAAAACAAAAAAAAAAAAAACACUCUUUCUUCCCCCACUAUACCCCCCACAGCCCUCA